AUGAAUGUCAUUUUUAUACUGUUAUUUAUUUUUAUUGCUAUUUACUCUUGUGUUUCAUGGUUGCUCCCAACGUUACUAUCCUGGUUGUUCAAAAGAAAGUACCACAUCAGAUUAAAAAUUGGUAAAAUUUCAGUUCUUAAGUUUGUACUGAAAGACGUAAGCCUAUCGAAAGAUAGACAUUUUGUUCAUAUAGAUGAAUUAUCAUUCCGAAGUAGCUUCUUCAGUUCAGAAAUCAAUAAGCUAGUGUUGGUAGUUAUAAAAGGUGUUGAAGUCACCAAUCAUGUUGAGGAGAAAAGGAGUGUUGUCGUUGAGACCAUUCUCAAGCCAUUGUUGUCUAAACAGAACUCAAUAUCUAAAAGCGAAGGUGCUGACCAGGUUACCAACCUAAGCAACAUUGAUUCUGAGUUGAACAAAAUCAUCCAAAGAAAGAUACUGGACUUCAGAGAUAAGAAGUUGCCCCCAAGUCUCAUUAUGUUCGCUCAGUUUAUGGGUGUCCAUGUGUAUAAUGCUUCAAUUGCCAUCCACAAUGAAAUUAUAAACAGUGCAUCACUGAACUUCACUGCAUCAGAAGUUCACGCUGAUGGCGCUGCAGGCGGGCCUGCGAGAGCUCUAGUGUUCUCUGCAAACCUAGUUGAGUUUAGGGGAAAAGUCCUCACAGAGAAACAAUGUUUAGCUGAGGCAUGUUGCAGUCUGUUAAUAGAAGGGACUGUUAAAGCUGAUGGCCCUUUAAAUGUUGAGAAAAUUCAUGCGGUAAUAAGCAACACAACUGUAUCAUUCCAAGAUGAGAUUUACCAGUUCAUACAGAAGCACAAAGGUCGUAGAAAGAGCCUGGUCCAGUCAGAUCUGGGAGGAGAGGAUCAUAUGAAAACCAUAAUUCCAAGAUUAUCACCAGUUAUACCAAAGAUCUUCAGUUUGCGUGUAGACACAACGAAAAUUAGAUGCGUGAAUAACGUCGCCAAAACAAAUUUUGAGAUGUCACUGCAAAGUCUUCAGGUAAAUUCGAGGUUCAGUGCCGCUUCGGUGAUAGUGGACGACAGCGGCACCCACGUUACGGGUCUACCUCAAGUUUACGUGGCCUUCCAGAUGGACCAGUAUCAAAUGAAGACAGAUAACGAAAAAUUAUUGUAUCUACAUAAGCUCAAACUUGAUGCUAAACUGGAAAAAGGUGUACUGAAUCUGUACUUGAUAAUAAGUACUCUAAAAGUCACCUACAACCAUAGUCAGGUAUUUGAAUGGUACUCGUCAGUUAUGGAGAAGAUUAGAAAAUCAAGGGCAUUAGAACUUAAACCUAUUAUGACAAAAGAACCAUCCACGCCUGUUUGGGUGACUCGGUUAUUUGCGGCUUGCGUGGUGCAGGGCUGCGCCGAAUUGCGUGAGGUUCGAAUACACACACACUUGUUAGAGGAACGCGAAUUGGCUAUCGGCUGUGCUGGUGUCAAAGUCAAAUUGGAUCAACUUCUAGACACAACUAACAGAGAGGAGGUGCACAAAGAAGGCGGUGGCCGCGGGCAGUGGAGCGCCGAGCUGCUGGUGGACGGCGGGUGGGCCGCGUGGGGCGCGACCCCGGGCCCCGCGCCGCCGCGCCGCCGCCACGCGUGGGGCUCCGCGCUGCUGGCCGUCGCACUCGUCAAGUGGGGCAGCCACGGACACGACAACUCCAAGGUGGAAGCAAUGAUGGAUUGCCUCCGUCUAGAAUGGAGCCCUUCCAUCGCAAAGACCAUCAUAGCACUAGUGGACAGUCUCAAUCAGUACCGAUCCUGUACAACUACCAAUCGUCCAUCCCUUCCUUCCACCGAAUAUCCAAACAAUAUUACAAUAAAUGUUGCACUCUCACAUAUAAACUUGUUCCUAAUACUGAACGAGACGAUGUGUCUAAUGACCAGAAUCGAUGCAGUGACCAUAGAAAAGACUACGAGCAAAUCUGGCGCGGUCGUGUCAGGGCUGAAGAUGGUUGAUAUGGUGCCUUAUGAAGGCAAUGUACAUUGUUAUAAAUCGGACGAGAUCGUAUCGUCAUUCUUCUACAUCCGACUGGCGAGGAUAGAACAUGUGCCUUCGAAGCAAUCCCACUCAGCUCUUCUGGAUUUCCAGUUCAAAGAGAAUGUAGACUUUGAGUGGAGGGUUAAUUUACACCUCAAGAUGCUCACACUUUUUAGAGCCAUCAAGAGUUUCACAAAAGAAUUGAAGGAGAAGUCGAUACGAAAUGACACGGACACUGCGGUGAGAAGAGGGAGACAGUUAGACUGGAAGAUCUCUUUUAAGGGAGAAACGAAUGUAGAAUUAAUAUUGUCAAAGGAAAAUAACAUGCUGUUUGCAACUGAUGACCUGACCGUAUCGUACGACCACGAUAAUGGCUUGUCCAUAGUGUGGAGUCUGCUGAAGAUGGUGCUGAACGGUGACGAGAUUGUCACAGUCGAGGGCUACUCGAUGGAACGGGUCGCUGAUGACCACGACGUCAGAGUGGAGAGGAAGGCUAACGAAGGGUUCACGCUUAUGUGGAAUAAAAUUUGGUCGGUAAAUGUGGAUUCUGUACGUGUAAUAUUCCCGUAUAAACAUCGGUUUGCUGAAGCCGUGCAGGGCGACUUCGUAACGCUGUUCAAAUGGAUUAAAUUCGUUCACGGUAUACAGAAGAAACCGUUUACUGUGGAUAGCCCGUUGCCUAGUGACUUGCAUAUCAAGAUUGAGGAGAUCCUAAUUGAAAUGAGCGAUGAUCCGUUUGAAGUGAAACUGCGCGACAACUAUGAACUAUUAGAGGACGAGUACAAGGAGAGUCAGAAGCGACGCACAAUGUUGGACGCCAAGGUACAGAAACUGUGUAAGCCGCCGCUGUUCCUGCCGUCGGGCAAGGUGGAGGAGCUGUACGCGGCGCUGCGGCAAAAGGACGCGCAGAUCUACGUCCAGCGCAGCCGCGCCGCGCCGCCGCCGCGCCGCCGCCUCGUCGCCUGCACGCUCGCGCGACUCCGACUGAUCGCGCUCGCAGACCCCGCGCUGCACGGCACCGAGCACGCACGCGCGCGGCUCAGGGAGCUCGACGCAGACAGCCCGUGGCCUGAGGACGGCGUGGAGUUCACGACGCUGUGGUGCCGCGCCAUCUCGAUGAGCUGCUCUCAGUGGCAGCUGCUGCUGCGGGACUUCCCGCAGCCGCUGCUCAGCAUGAGCGACCUGCGAAUGUGGGGCACACUACUCGGCGCCGAAGAAGUACCGCCUUCCAGAGCGGUGCGCACGGUGGUGGUGCAGCAGGGCGCGCCGUGGGGCGAGGUGCAGCUGGAGCGCAGCAUGAUGCCGCUCAAGUGGUACUACGACCUCUGCUGCGAGAUGGCGCAGUUCAGCUAUGCCUUCGGACCCUGCUGGGAGCCCGUCAUCGCACACUGCAACCUCGCAUUUGAUCAAGUUUCCCGGCCUUCGUUAGACCCAUCCGCGCCACUCGCGUGGUGGGACAAGGUACGACUUUUGAUGCACGGCCGUCUCACCGCCAACUGUGCUCGAUUUACUUGUCUCCUACACGUGUCACUCGACCCCUACAACACGACCGAAGAGAUGGAGGUGACCUGGACUGAUCUCGUACUGGAUUGGACUAAUGGUCGGAUCGGGUUCCUGGGCGAGCUGAACGUGUUCGUGCGCACGGCGAGCAAGUACGACGACUGCCGCGUGCUGGCGCUGCCGGCGCUGCGGCUGGCGCUGAAGCUGGGCUGGCAGUGCGUGGGCGACCCCCGCGACCACCGCGCCGCCGCCCCCUGCGCGCCCACCAGGCUGCCCGAGUACUCCAGCAACCAGGAGCACGAUUCGUACCGGGCGUUCCGCUCCCAGGGCUUGGACAUACAUGUGAGUAUGGACACCAAGCCGAUCGAUGGAGAGGGACCAGUACUGCUAUUGUAUGGGAGUACGCUGAGAUGGUUCGAGAGCCUGAAGCUGAUCCUGUCGGGGGUGACGCGUCCGACGCGGCGCGGGCGCGUGUUCCAGAACGUGCGCCCGCGCAAGCCGCAGCUGUCGCGCCACUACCGCAACGUCAGCGUCGCGCUCACGCUGCACAACCUACAGGUGUUUUACUGGUCCUCAUCGUCUAUGCAACGCGGCAUCGAGAUGCUCGGGGUCCGAGUCACGUGCGGCUCCAAGCAUCGACUCUCACUCGUCGCCGCUAACGACGGCCUGGUGCGGAGACCGCGGGCUAACUGGACGACUGUGUAUAUGAAUUGCGAUCUUAACGACGCGGAAAUAUGGCUCAAAACCGCGGCAGCUGUGUCUCAAGACAAGGACGGUGAUGAGGCGGGCGCGCGCGGCGACUGCACCGGGCCGGCCAUGGAGAAGUGCUACUGUCUGUCCGUGCGCCGCGUGUCGUACGGACGCGAGGGGGCGGCGGGGGGCGCGGGGGCAGCGGGGGGAGCGGGCGCAGCCCCCACUCACAGGCUCACCGUGCACGACCUGCGCGGCGCCUGGACCAAGCUCAACCGGGACAUUGCCUUCGCGCUCGUUGACACCUACAUCAAGACGCAGCAAUUGAAGAAGAACCUGUCUACAAAAGCUUUGAAAGAAGAGGAGAAUCCAGCAACAUCGCCAAAGCAUCAGCGGGAGGCUGACGUUGUAUCGCCACCUCCCAAUGCCAGCGCACAGGGUGGAGCGGGCGCGGGCGCGGGCGGGUCGGGCAUGCUGGCGGCGCUGGUGGCGGAGGCGGGCGGCGAGGCGCCGGUGGUGUUCAGCGACGAGCUGGCCGGCGACCAGGGCGCGCCGCCGCCGCUCGCGCCGCACGCGCCGCACGCCCGACACCUCUUCGACGACGACGCCGCGCACACCGCCUGCCUCAUCGAGCUGGUGAACUCGCAAGUGGUGCUGAAGGGGUGCGAGACGCGCGGGUACGUGGUGGUGUGUGCGGCGCGCGCGGAGGUGCGGCAACGAGUGCGGGCGGGCGGCGGCGGCUGGCGCGGCUGGUGCGGCGCGCUGUCCGCCAUGCGCUACUACGCCACCGUCAGCGCGCGCGACGCCGACCACCUCGACGAGAACAUCCAAUGGGUGUCGGUGGAGGAGAUCGAGGAGCGGUGGGCGGGCGCGCUGGGCAUGGCGGCGCUGGUGGCGGGGCGGGCGGGGCGGUCGGUGGGCGCGGGGGCGGGCGGGCCGCAGCUGCAGCGCGUGGUGUCCCGCUGCAGCUGCGAGUUCUACUUCCUGACGCACGACGCGCGCGCGCACGCCUGGCCGCCGCACCACCAGCCCUACGACUCCUUCACGCUCAUGCACCACGACCUCGACGUCUGCACCAACUCGCUACAGUACGCGAUGGUGCUGGACGUAGUGAACAACGUGGUGCUGCACGUGGAGCCGGAGCGGCGCCGCACGCAGGACCGCCGCGUGCGCACGCGCUUCCAGAUGCGGCUGCGGGAGGACCCCGACCCCACCCAUCUCAUACACAAGCUGCAGACGCAGGCUAGAGAGUCAUUAGCGCGGCUUCGUCGGCUCGAAAAGGAGUAUUACUUGAAGAACCGUUCCAUCACCGGCGACGAUCCUGUAGCUAUCGAGGAACUGAAGAGUCUCGACGAUCAGGUGAACGAGUGCAAGGAGAGCGUGUGGUCGCUGGGCGAGGAGCUGGACGCGAUGGUGCGGGCAUGGCGGGAGGCGCGGGGCGCGGCGGCGACCCCCGCGCCCCGCGUGCCGCACGCGCCGCCGCCGCGCUACAACGAGAUCUGCUUCAAGUCCGCGCGCUGGCGACUCACCGACGCCGACGGACAGCUCGGCAUCGCUGACCUGCUGCUCACCAAUUUCCUGUAUACUAAGACAUCAAGGUCGGACGAUAUGGUAGAGCAUCAGUUGGAAGUGGGCUACAUGCGUGUCACCAAUCUAUUACCGAACGAACCGUUCCCAGAGGUGCUGGUGCCGGCGGCGCCGUCGGGCCGGGCAGCACUGGCUCGCCGCGCGGCGCUGCGCGUGUUCUGCCGCGACCGACCGCCCGUCGGCGGCAUCGCCGUCAAGGAACACUUCGAAGUCAACAUCGUGCCCAUCAAGAUAGGUCUAACCAAAAAGUUCUUCAACACAAUGCUGAAGUUCUGUUUCCCUGAACGAGACCCUGACUCCAUCGAAGAUGGCGAGGACGAGGAUGGUGCCCUAAAAGCUGGUACAUCGAGUAACACACUCGUCUCCACCGGGUCAAAGAAGGUCAAGAAGAAGAACAAGGACUCCAACUCUAACUUCUACGUGAAAAGAGACAUGAAGGACAAAGAUGAUGUCGAGAAGAUGAAGGAGCGUGCCGAGAAGAACAAACUGUUCAUCUACAUCAAGAUACCAGAGGUCCCCGUCCGCGUCUCGUACAAGGGCAGCAAGGAGAAGAACCUGGAGGACGUGCGCGACCUGCCGUUGGUGCUGCCCACCCUCGAGUACCACAACGUCACGUGGACCUGGCUCGAUCUACUGCUGGCCACCAAGACCGACACCAGGAGGGUUAUACUGUCUCAAGCUAUCAGACAAAAGCUGCAGCUGCGCAGGAGUGCAGCCACCGCGCCCGAGCCUCAGGAGGAGGACAAGGCCAGGCUACUGCUGGGCGAAAGAACUGUGACAGAGAACAAGCCACAGAAGAAAAGCACGCCCAGCGUAUUCAAGUUUUCCAAAUCGUAGCUUAAGUGGGACGAACGUCAAUUGAAUCUGAACCAAACAUUAAUUUACAUAAGGUUACUUUUCAAAUGUUUAUUUAUUAUAUUUACUAGAUAUUAGACUAUUUGUUGUAUUAGGGCCUUAUUACACUAUCAAUGUAUGUAAGAUACACUUGUUAUGGUUUAUAUGAUGGACUUUUUUGCACAAAAGGUUUAUAGUAAGUGUUGACUUCUAAAGGAAAAGCUAUCUUAAAUUUGGCUCUAUAAAAUAUAUAUAUAUUUGAAUUUCUUUAUGUUCCUCAAACAGUUUUUGGAUAUAAAAUAUAUAUUUAUUUACUGUUUGAUGUACUCUAAAAGUUAUUAAAUUAGAGUACGCAAGAAAAGAUGAUAUUAUCUCUAAAAGAGAUUGCAGCAACUAAAAAUAAUACAGCGUGAGACAAAAAUUAAUAAGA